AACCCGUACCCUUGAAUCACAUACUCAGGGUUUUAGACUCUCUCACUCUCUUCUCUCAAAAUGGAGUCCCUUGCCAGACUGAACUACCGUCACCAACCCCUUCACCUCUCGCUCAAUCACCACCGUCCGUCAUUCCCAACGCCCAUUUCUUCACUCUCUUUGAGGACCCCACCACCUCCAUCAUCACAAUCGUUCAUCAAAGCCUCAUCCUCCUCGAACCCACAUCAUCAAACCCUCCAAAACCCUAAACCCCAGCUCUCCCAAACCCUAAACCCCCUCAUCAGAACCACCUGCGCCACCAUAGCCGCCGCCGCCGCGUUCUUCUUCAUGCGGUUCCACCACAAACCCGCCAUCGCCGCCCCGACGGCUCCGCCCACAGUGGAGCCCUCCAGGGAAUCGGCUGCCAACGCCUCUUCGCCCGAAGAAACGGAGAGGAUCAUCGAAGAGCAAUUGAGCCACGAACCCAACGACAUCGAAGCUCUACGAUCCCUCAUGGAGGUCCGAAUCAAGGCCCGGAAGUUCAGAGAAGCGAUCCUGGUCCUGGACCGUCUGAUCGAACUCGAACCCGAAGAGCAUGAAUGGCCAUUGUUGAAAGCCAACGUCCAUAGCUACAUUGGAGAGCAGGAAGUGGCGAGAAAUGAGUUCGAGGAAAUUCUGGAGAAAGACCCGUUUCGCGUCGAGGCCUAUCACGGCCUCGUGAUGGUAUCGUCUGAAAAAGCAGAUGAGAAUUCUCUGGAUGACGUUUCGAAGAGAGUUGUGGAGGCAAUGGAGAAGUGCGAGAAGCUGGGAAGGAAGACAGAUGUGAGGGAUUUCAAGCUCUUGGUGGCGCAAAUUAGGGUUGUGGAAGGGAAUUAUCUCGAGGCUUUGAAGGUUUAUCAGCAGCUUGCGAAGGAGGAGCCGAGGGAUUUUAGGCCGUAUUUGUGCCAGGGAAUUUUGUAUACUCUGCUGGGCAAGAAAGACGAGGCGGAGAAACAUUUUGACAGGUUUCGGAGGCUCGUGCCGAAGAACCACCCUUACAAGGAAUAUUUCGAUGAUAAUAUGUUUGCGACGAAGAUUUUCUCGCAGAAAAUUGAAAGGGAGAGAGCGAGUUCGAGGCGCUGAGGGAAUUGGCCAAUUGUCAAUUGGUUUUCCAGGUUUGUGCUUAGUGGUGUUUAUUAUGUGAAGAAGCUGGUAAAGAAAGCUCUUGGGAAGACUUGAAACUAAGUCCUAUGUCCAAGUUUUGAGCCCUACCGCCUUAAUGAUGGCAUGUUAAGAUGGUUUUCCACCUUAUACUGAAUUCCAUUAUAUCAUCACUUUUUCCCCCUGUAUGCAUCAUAAUUUAGCUUGAGAAAGUCUUCUGCGUGCUUUCUGAAUACAAAAGUUCAGAUUGCCUUACAUGUGUUAUUACACUUGGUUGUUUUUGGGGGUUGUCUGUAUGGCUCCUUCAGAUCGUUUUCAAAUUCUAUACAAUGCAGCUCCAUAUUCUCUGGUAUAUUUGGAAGAGAUUUACAUGUAUGCAUCACAGUAUGAACAGUGUAUUUGACAUAUAUCACUCUUUUACCAUA